AUGAGUGCUAAACAUGAAAUGUUUGAUCAUUUAAAGAAGGUGCUAGCCCCUGAUAUGACUAUGGAGAGUUUGAUCGAAAAUGGAUGCCUGGAGCUUGAAAAAAGACUGAAUGAAAGCGACAUCUCUAUGCUAAGCGGUGGGACCGCAGAUUUGCCCAACUUUGAAAUUACCGAGACAUCUAGCAGGUUACAAAUAGCUGUGGAUCUGGGCGGAAGUUUUGUCAAGGUCGGCCUUCUCGAUGUCACGAAUUUGAAUGUCUUGAAGUGCGAAAGUCUGCCAAUACGGCCAGCGUUAGCCAACACGCAGUUUUUCCGCGUAAUUGUCGAGUGGAUAUGUCGUCAAGCCAACCAGUUCCUUUGCGAACGAGGCAUUGACACUUCUACGAUUACUUUCGAGCUAGGUAUGACAUUUGGUUUCCCCCUCACUCCUCAUGGAGAAAUUACUGAUAUGGGCAAAGGCUACCAGAUGAGUCAUGAAGUAAGAGGUGUGAAAAUGACCGAACUCAUGCAGCAGCUAUUUUGCGAGGUUACGGUGGCAGAAAGCUAUAAAUUUAGUGUGUAUGUUCGUGGAGUUAUCAAUGACAGCGUUGCUGUUUUUCUGGCAAACGCCGCGACCAAGAGGGGAAACGACAUAUCGCUAAUUCUUGGGACGGGGAUCAAUGCGUGCUUCUCGCUUCCCACAGAGAGAGUUCCAGAAAGAAAAUACUCGGGUAGCACUGUUUCGGAUUCCGCCGCUCUCUUGAUCAACUCGGAGAUCGGAUUUUUAGGCCAGUAUUAUGUGAAGCUGUCAGAGUUCGACCCAAAAAAUGAAGCUCUUUUCAUGCCUUUGGAAUACGUUACGGCAGGAAAAUGGAUCCCACUGACCCUUUACAAGAUUGUUAAGAGCUACAAUUUACUUCCUGAAAGUGUCGAGCACAUCGAAUUCGAUGGGAAGCUGGUCUGCGACAUACUGGCUGGCUCGACCGCUAAAACGUUCGGGGCAGCCCAAACGGAUAUCGCGGCCGCAGCGACUAUGCUCAUCGAUAGAGCAGCAUUUUACGCUACAGGGGCCUUGCUCAGCAUAAUAAGGUUUGUCGGGGAAGAUACCAACAAAAACGCUCGCCUUGGAUACGCGGGUUCAUUUCUGAAAAACUGUGCCCUUUACAAGAGCUUAGUCCACAAAUUCAGCAACGGCGUCAUCGAGCUUGAGUUUCUAGAACACAGCAACUUGAUUGGUGCUCAUGUCAACGCAUUGCUCUGCCAAACCUAA